AUGGGGGCGGCGUCCCAUGAAUCACUCAUGGUUCUGGUUCCACCCCCGCUGGUUGGCUGGCUUGCGCCGCCUGCCCCCGCGGGUACGUUUGGCGAGCUUCACAGUGCGGUGUGUCGCAAGGCGCGGUUCACUGGCAAGCCAGUUCGCUCCUCCACCAUUGCUCCGUUCCAUUCAAGCACUCCUCCUUCUGGCGGGCAAUUAUUCUCGGCCGUCCGCGACUGUCACGGCGUACGCCACCACGCCGGCGGGUCUCGCUGGAUGUUGAUGUUAUUGCUUAUAAUUCGAGCCCGACUUGCAUCCGUACCCAGUCCGCACCCAGAGGCCCCUACGAGUCCGCCACUUCCGCUGGCUGGGCAGUCGCAUUGUCCCCGUCUACCCCUGUCGCACGCUGGGCGGCGCCUUCGUUCCACGCAGUCCAGGCCCUGCGCUUUCCGGUUACAUCGCGUUGUAGGGACUCUUCCAGCGCUUCUCCCGAGGGAGUGCGUCCUGGUCGUGUCCGUAUCUACUCGGCGGCAUCGUGGCUGGUGGCACCGCCGGCCCCAUCGAGGUGCAGGUCGCGCAGCGCUCACCCAGUCACGGAAUGUGAUAGCCAUCACUCCUCCACGUGCGGUACUCACCCAUUCCCGCCGGUACUCAGCCAGGGGCUCUUUCCCGCCUAGCACGCCACCGUCUGGUCAACAGGGUCGCGGCGGCCUCAGGACCGUUACAUACAUCGCAGCGUCUGUUGUUAUGGACAGCAUGCCAAUCACACCUUCCCCAACUCAAACCCCAGCCCUCAGGCGCACUGCCACACGCAGCUUCUGGUCUACCCAUCAUGUGGGUGACCCUGCCCUGGGUUCUUUUUCGGCAACGCAUCGUCCGGAAUUAAGGCCGGCUGUCGCUGCUAGAGCCAGUGGCUCCGGACGUCUCCUUCGUGCUGCUAUGCCUCCAUCAGGCCUGUGGCCGGCAGCGUCGCAUCAAUUAGUGAGCGGGUGCGGCCCCCCUGGCCACAGGUAG